AUGCUGAACACCCACGACCGUUCGCACCUGACAGCGCUACCGCAAAAUGAAUUUUCCGGAAUGAAAAUACAUCCCAGCGGAACCGCGCCUUCACCCAGUGCAUCCUCACUGUGGCCGCAGCAGCAGCAGCAGCAGCACCAGAUCGGCGGCCGCCCGGGUGCCGAAGGUCUAAUCACGAGUGCGCCUGAGCGAAUGCAGCCCUCGGAGACCGGCAAACAAGCAAGCUGUGGGAUAAGCCAACAGUAA